AGUUGUGAGGAUCUCUCGAUUCAAUAAGAAGCCCAUUGGCCACGAACAAAGGCAACAACAUGCCUUCCUCACAGGAUUGGUGAAAGUGUUCAGUGUCCUCGCUCUCUGUUACCAUCUAACUUUAUUCUAACGACCUGCCACAAGACAACAAGCAGUCCGACGAGUAUGUAAUCGGUAGGUGUUUUCAGUUGGUCUUUGCUGGAGUUGAUAAACGCGAAGUACUUAGAAGAUGUCGCUCAACAUGUCCUGCCAAAAAAUUGGAGCGCUCGGCCGUGCAUUUUGCAGGAAAAGUCGCAGGACAGCAACUUGCACAGCAUCGAAGAUUCCUGCCUUCACAUGUGGCACGUUAGCAUCGAGUGGUCUGAAUGACCAGAAAAGCAGCGAAAAUGCUUCUAGUUGUGACACUAAAGUGAGUAAUUCAGCAGGCUGUCAUUCAUCUCCGGCUCCCCACAAGCACCAAGCUGGAAAGAAGAGAGGCGAGGAAUUGCUUUCGAGAUCGGGCAGAGCUUAUUCCUCCACUGCCCCUAAAGUUGACCCCAAGACCUAUCUCUGGGCAAGAUACAAUGAAAUGAAACGGCUCGUUCACGAUCUUAUCCCUCCAGGGGUGUGCAAUUUGCUUAACCCAGCCACUAUUUAUGCCAAUAAUGAGGUUCAUCUAGAUGAAGUGGAUAUCUAUGGGUUUGAUUACGACUACACCCUGGCCUUGUACUCCAGUGCCCUUGAUGAAAUGAUCUACAACAAAGCAAGGAACUUCCUUGUCGAACAUUUCAAGUAUCCACAAGGCAUCAGCAAAUAUGACUACAUCCCCAACUUUGCUGCACGGGGGCUGCACUAUGAUAUCCACAAGGGACUUCUGAUGAAAAUAGAUGCCUUUCAUUAUAUACAGAUGGGGACCGUGUAUAGGGGUCUGAAGGCUGUGCCCGAUGAGGAGGUCAUGCAGCUUUACGGGGGCACCAAUCACGUCCCUCUUCACCAAGUCAGCGGGUUUUAUGGGAAGGGCCCCAAAAUGAAACAGUACAUGGAUGUGUUUUCAAUCCCCGAAAUGACUCUGCUAGCUGCUGCCAAUGACUUCUUUAUCUCCAAUGACAUCGAGUACGACCCCGUGCACCUCUACAGGGACGUGUCGGAAGCCAUAGGAAUGGUGCACAUCAAGGGGUACAUGUACAAGUGGAUCAUGCAAGACCUCGAGAAAUACAUCCUCCGAGGGGAUGAGACCUAUGCUGUCCUGCACCGUCUUGUGAAUCAUGGGAAGAAACUCUUCCUGAUCACCAACAGCCCUUUCAGCUUUGUGGAUAAGGGUAUGAAGUACAUGGUUGGGAAGGACUGGAGGGACUUCUUUGAUGUCGUCAUUGUGCAAGCAGACAAACCACACUUUUUUAAUGACUGUGUCAAACCAUUCAGAAGAUUGGAUAGUAAUGGAGACCUCCAGUGGGAUAAGAUCAAGAGUUUAGAGAAGGGUCAAAUCUACAAACAGGGAAAUCUGUAUGAUUUUCUACGGCUGACGGGCUGGCGUGGGUCCAAAGUGCUCUAUUUUGGAGACCAUCUCUACAGUGAUUUAGCUGACCUGAUGCUUCGCCAUGGCUGGAGGACGGGUGCCAUCGUGCCAGAGUUGGAGGUGGAGACCAGGGUGGUGAACACAGAACAGUACGCCCAGAGCCUCACCUGGCUGCAGGCACUUACAGGCUUACUGGAACGCUUACAGAUGCACAAAGAUCCAGAGUCUAAGAAGGUUCUAGAGGACUGGCUGAAGGAGAGGGAAGAACUGAGAGCUGUCACAAAGAACCUCUUCAACCCUCAGUUUGGAAGCAUUUUCCGUACGUGCCACAACCCCACCUACUUCUCCAGGCGCCUGUGCCGCUUCUCCGACCUCUACAUGGCCUCCAUCAGCUGUCUGCUGAACUACGACCUCUCCUACACCUUCUACCCGCGCCGCACCCCACUACAGCACGAAGCCCCUCUGUGGAUGGACCAGCUUUGCACUGGCUGCAUGAAGACUCCAUUCCUGGAGGAGAUGGCUCACAUCCGUUGACCUAGAGUUGUCAUAGAAUCUCCUCUUAUUCUAUGGCUCUGGCAGCGAAUAGGACCUGAAAUUACUUCCAGAUGAAUGCUGAACCUGACUGUGAUCAGGAACCGGACAUGUGCCGAGCUCUUCGGGAGGAAGAGAGCUCUGCUAACGUGGCAGCCUGAGUUAUGGCUGUUCAAGCUGUGGCACCACCUCCUGGAAGAGUAGAUGUAUAGCAUUUUGAAGAACAAAACUGUGCAAAUAGUAGCACAAACUUAAACGUUUACUUCUAGGUUUUUUUGCAAGGAUACUGACAGGUCUCCUUCAAUUACCUGAUUUUCCCACCCCUGUGAGGUACUGGGAAUACAUGGUAGUAGAGUACUUUGAACAUUGAUUUGUAGCAUACAUUUUGUUGCAUCUCCACUACUAGGUCAAUUGCAACAUUUGCUGGAUGUGACUGUUACAAACUUAAUAGCUAAUUGUGUUGUCAGUUGAUUUCAUGUAGACAAGGUUCUCUAAACAUUUACAUUUUCUAAAAAUAGCAGUGAAAAGAUACUUUCAAUUCACAUAUUUAACAUUAUAUUUACAUCGGACAAUCUGUUACAUCACCUUUUUUAACGCUUUAUUUUCUAAAUCAAAUGAAUAAUAAAGAAAAGGUCAUUUUGAAUGCCAGGUUUUUAAAUUGCCAUCAUUUGUGUAAAUGUUGGAGAAUAAACUGUUGAUAAAAAAAAUGAAAA